CCGGAUGUUGCACCAAGGUGAUGGGUGGGGACUGCCUUUCAUUUCCAUAAAACUUGGCGAGGAACCAAAAGUUGUGGAAGAUUUUGCAUCAGGACCGCAUGGUGUGUCAGUGACUGGAGAAGCCCUGGAAAAACCUCCAAACCAUCUCUCCACUGCCUGUCGAACACACGAACACCAAUGAUAAAAAUAAUAAUAAAAAGCAUACUGACAGACAGCAUAAUGACAACAGAGACUCAGUCGCUCACCAAGCAAUGAGAACCAUCCUUCCCUCCCUUCCUUGAGGGCAACUAGAUGACAUCCUUAUCACUCAUGAAGCCUAAGGAGUGAACGAAAGCUGUGCUGUGCUGACAGGAAGCACGAAAGGGUCAUCAAGUCAGGCCACCCUCCUGGAAGGGGUAGCAUUGAGGAGGGUGGUGUUCUCAGGUGUGAAGCUGCACACUUUCCUGACCCGCUGAAUUUCCUCCUGGGCGAGAGAAGACGGAUUCAAACACACAGACGCCGCUCACCUCUCAGCAGUCAGCGGGUCCUGCGAAUUGCGCUCAUCGUAUUGGCUAAGAGGUGAUGCAAGGGCCCUUCCCUCUGGCAUCUGUUCGGCCACUGUGAGAACAGGACGCAGGACUAGAUGGGCCAUUGGAUGCAGGACUAGAUGGAUGUUAAAGGGGAAGUACCAUGAAGCUGUUGGUGGGCCUUUCCGCCCUGGCUUUCCUGAUGCAGGCAGCCACCCCUCUGAAGAUCUGUGCGUUCAACAUCCAGAGCUUUGGAGACAGCAAACUGUCUAAUGAGGGGAUCUCAGAAAUUAUUGUGAAGAUCCUGUCACGGUACGACAUUGCCUUGGUACAAGAGGUGCGGGAUGCCGACCUAAGCGCUGUUAGUGAAUUGCUGGAGCGGCUCAACAGUGCCUCUAAGCACAAGUACGCCUACGAAAUCAGCGAGUCGCUGGGACGGGAGAACUACAGGGAAAUGUACCUCUUCCUCUACAGGACAAAGAGUGUCUCUGUUGUGGACAAGUACCAGUACUCAGAUAAAAACAAUGCCUUCAGCAGACCGCCUUUCAUUGUAAAGUUCUCACCUCUCAACUCCAAAGACAACGAGCUGGUCCUGAUUCCCCUCCACACAGCUCCAAAUGAUGCCGUGGCAGAGAUCGAUGCCCUCUACGACGUCUACUUGAAGAUAAUUGACAAGUGGGAGACGGAUAACAUGAUGUUCCUGGGAGACUUCAACGCUGACUGCAGUUACGUGGGGAAGAACGCCUGGUCCUCCAUCCGCCUGCACACCAGUGAGGUUUUCAAGUGGCUCAUCCCAGACUCUGUAGACACCACCGUGGGCAACUCCAAUUGCGCCUAUGACAGGAUUGUCGUGAGCGGUUCAAAGCUGAGGAAGUGGAUCGAUCCCAAGUCGGCCCAAGUGUUUGACUUCCAGAGCACCUUCAAGCUGAACCAAGAGGAGGCUCUGGCCAUCAGCGACCAUUUCCCGGUGGAGGUGACGCUGAAAUCUCGCUGAAGCUCCGUGCGACCUCACAGCCUGGCUCUGACACCCCCACAUGCCGGAAAAGGGGUGUGUGGAGCCACCCCUGGGUCUUCUCACCCCACAGCUACAUGUUCACUCGCAGACGUACAAAGCUGCCUUGAUGGACCUGUGGUCUAUCCAGACCAUUCUUGUCUCUUCUGUUGCGUAGUGUCAGGCAGCAGAGGAAAUAACCCCCACAGCAGGUUGCUAGGAACAGAUCAGACAAGGAAAAGUGCUUGCCAUCUGCUUUCAUUCAAUAUUUACAGAGAGAGGCUUGGAAUGCAGCCUCUCGGAAAUAGUGGCAUUGUCCCACGCCCUUUUUCUCCCACUUCCUCAUUCAUCUCUUCUAUGGGUGGUGCUGAGAGCCGUUUGCUUCUGAGCCCUUUGCUCUCCUACUUUCAAGGCUUGCCGGUUCUUUCUCAAGACACUGUGUCCAUCAGCUGUUGCCCUUCUGGUGGUUCCUCGUCCUCUUCCUCCUCUCCCCUUAUUUCCCAGCUUUCCCCCUCAUCUGCCUCUGAGCUGUGACCUCCCUCAAACCCCUGUUGUAAUUCUGAAUGGUCUUCUUCUCUGGAAGGGUCAGGCUGAUGAGGCAGUCUCCACCAUUCCUCCUCUGCCCAGUCCCUGAUAGGUAGCUGCUUCCUGAGCUCUUAGGCAAAGGAGAGCCUCUUCCCUUGAGAUCUUUGUGGCUCACAGGUGGGAGGACCUGUGGCUCUCGUGAUGUUACUGGACUCCCAGUGCCCACCAGCUCUUAGCCAGCGGACGAGGAGGAUGAUAACUGGAGUCCAACAUUAUCUCCAGGUCCUCCAGGUCCUGUUUUUGCUAGAGAUGCUGCCAGGGAUUGAACCUGGAACCUUCUGUUCUUCCGCAGACCAAUUGACAUACACCUGUGUUGUAUUCCACCUGAGCUGAGUUGGAGGGCACCAAAAGGCCUUCGAGAGAUUCAGCAGGUUGCAGUGAGAGGGAGAGGAAACCUGUGGGUCUCCAGACGUUGCUUAGGGGGAUAGGGCUGUAGCUCAGUCUCAGAGCAUCUGCCUUGCAUACAGAAGGUCUCAGGUUCGAUCCCUGGCCUCUGCAGGUCGGGAUGGGAGGACCUUCUUAGCUGAAAUCACAGAGAACUCCUACCAGUUGAUGCAGACCAUUCUGACCUAGAGAGGUACCUGCCUUAGUAGAAGGCAGAUUACCGGUCUGUGUCCCUUGCUGGACUACAGCUCCCCAUCACCUCUGACCACUGGCUAAGCAACAUUUGGCAGGCCACAGG